AUUGUUUUAUCAAUUGUUUUAUAAAUUGUUUUAUAAAUUGUUUUAUCAAUUGUUUUAUUUAUCAUUUUUUUUUUGGUUGACAUUUGAAACCAAUAUUGAAAUUAAUUAUAUUAUUAAAUCCCAUUGUCUUAAUAUAUAUCCAUAUAUUCACACAACACAACACAUCCCAUCCCAUCUAUUCAUUGAUUGAUUUACAGCAACAAUCAAUCAUCGAUGGCCACAAUCAGCAGCGGUGGUGGUCAACAACAUCAUCGACAACAUCAGCCGGCAAUUGAUAACAGAUCGUCGAUGUUGUUGUCGAAAGACGAAAACGAACUCAUCUUCAGUUUGUUGGGCAAGAAAUGUCAGACACUAUCGACAUCAGUGGUCCAACUGUUGCUAUCGGAGGCACCCUAUCAUACAAAAUGGCAGAUCCGGUGUACAGGUGUUGUCUGUUUUGUUAAAGACAAUCCCAAGAGAUCCUAUUUUAUACGAGUCUACGAUUUUGAUAAACGACAAUUGGUUUGGGAACAGGAGCUCUACAAUACAUUUGAUUACAAGUGUCCCAGAAAUUUCUUCCACACCUUCGAGGCUCAUGACUGUAUGGCUGGUCUGAACUUUGCCGACGAUAGAGAGGCCAAACAGUUUAGGGAUGCAAUCCAUGGAAAACUAGAUGAAAGACUUAAGAAAAAACAAGAAAAAAGGCUUCAAAAUCAGGCACAACAACAACAACUACCAGCUAUUCAGCCAACACAGACAGGAGUGAAUGCCGGACAACAUUUCCAGCAGCAGCCAACAAAUCGGCCACAAUUUCAGGCAAUACAAAACCACACCAAUCAGACGCCGCCGCCGACGGCGACAACAUGGACUCCGACGACGAAAAAGUCGGCCAAUAAAAAAGAUACCAAACGUCGGGUAAAGCUGACCAAAGGUGAUAUCGGUGCGCCGUCCAACUUUCAACAUGUCCAGCAUAUCGGCUGGAAUCCCAAUACGGGUUUCGAUUUGGAAAAUGUCGACCAUCGGAUGAUACAGUUUUUCGAAGAGGCCGGCAUAUCCAAAGAGCAGCUCCAGGAUCGCGACACCCGACACUUUAUCUAUGAUUUUAUUGAAAAACAUGGCGGCAUUGAGGCUGCACUGCAAGAAGUUAAGAGUCCGCCGCCGUCGAUUCCGUCGGUACCGCCAAACGCCAAACUGUCCGCACCAUCACUACCACCACAAACAACACCGCAACAGCAAGUAUCGCAGCAGCCGAUGGGCGGCCAUACAUUGCACGCAUUAUCGGCGCCAGCCCACGGACGAUCACCGCCAAAACCAUUUGCACCGCCAAUACCUGCGAACAGUGUUCCACCUGCCCAUCAGCCGCCACCACCGCCGCCACCUCCUAUGGCCACAACAAACAUUGCACCUCCGCCACCACCACCUCCUAUGCCGCCGCCAAUGCCUUUAGGCGGUGCUCCUCCACCACCGCCACCUCCAAUGCCUGUAUUAGGAGGAGGAGGAGGAGGAGGCGGCGGCGGACCUCCACCGCCACCACCUCCAAUGUCCAAUUUACCGGCAGUAUCUGAUAAUCGAUCGGCACUAAUGGAUCAAAUAAGAAAAGGUCGACAAUUACAGCACGUGGAACCCGAUUCCGAUUCUAACAAAAGCAAUACAUCAUCCAAUGAUGAUCCGCGAAAUGCACUGUUGAACCAAAUCAAACAGGGAGUCGGCCUACGACCGGCUGAGAACCGGACACUGAAACCAGUACCGAAAAAAGCUGACGAAGUCGGCGGUCUUAAGGAGGCACUUAUGCGAGCUAUGAACGAACGGUCCAAAGCUAUCAACAGGACUGACGACGAAAGCGAUGGCGGCGGCGACUCAGAUGGUGGUAGCGAUGAUGACGAAUGGGAUUAGUUGUUGUUUGGGGUUUUAGUUUAGUUUAUUUUUUUUUUUGUCAAAAGUAUUAUAAAUGAGUUUUUGUUUCUCUCUCUCGGUUUAGUUUUAUGUGACAUUACUUUCGUUUAUAUAAUGAAAUAUAUCUUAAGUUUUUUUUGAGUCAAA